CUCAACAUGCCCAGCACGCGCUCUAACGGCCAGGCUCAGCCCACGCUGGCGUUCCCUCGCCGGAAAUCCAGCAGAGUUUCCUCUCAAGGCAAGACGCCGCAGCGAGAGGAGUCUCCGGCUGCUUCGCCUUCAAAGCCCGAACCCCUGAACCUGGGUCGCAUCGGACCGAUCCCGAGACGCCCUGCCGUCGCCCGGACCUCCGCCCUCUCGUCUCCUCUCUCACUCAGAGCUCCUCCUUCCUCCCCCCGUCUGCAGGACACGACUCCCCCUCAGCCCAGGAAACGCACAGGAGACGAUAACGGCUGUAACCUGGACGGCUCCCUCCUGCUCGGCUCCCCUCCGAAGCAGAGCCGGCCGGCCGUGAAUUCUCCCAGAAAGCUCAGCUUGGACGAGAACUCUCCGCUCUCCGUUCGCCGCCGGCUGGUCCCGUCGCUGUCGCCACGGAAACCACAGUCUCCCAACACCGGGUCGUCACCGCGGCGACAGGACACUCCCGCAGGAACCCCGGAGGGAAAACAGGCGGUUUCUCAGCUCUUUGCAGAAAAGUCGAGGUUCCUGAGCGUGAAGCAGGCUUUGCACACGGCCCUCCCGGAGCGUCUUCUGUCCCGCGAGGUGGAGCGAGACGCCAUCCGGUGCUUCCUGAGAGACAAAGCCCUGCAGAGAGUCCCCGGCAGCCUCUACAUCUCCGGAGCGCCCGGCACCGGGAAGACCGCCUGCUUCAACUGCGUCCUGAAGGAGAUGGAGCCGGAGCUCUCCUCGGUGCAGACGGUGCUGGUGAACUGCAUGAGUCUGCGCAGCUCUCACGCCAUCUUCCGUCUGCUGGCGGAGAAACUGAAGGCUCCUGGAGGACAGAGCGGGCUGCAGAGGUUCCUCACGGCCCCGGGGCCCGCUGUGCUGCUGGUUCUGGAUGAGAUGGACCAGCUGGACAGUAAGUCUCAGGACGUUCUCUACACCAUCUUCGAGUGGCCGUACCUCAGCCAGUCCCGCCUCUGCCUCGUCGGUAUAGCGAACGCUCUGGACCUGACGGACCGGAUCCUCCCUCGUCUUCAGGCUCGGCCUCAGUGUCGCCCCCUGCUGCUCCACUUCCCCCCCUACAGCCGGCAGGAGCUCAGUGACAUCGUGCAGGACCGACUCUCUCAGGCGUCGGCGGACGGGAUCGUGGACGACUCGGCCGUUCAGUUUUGUGCCAGAAAAGUGUCUGCGGUGUCUGGAGACGCCAGGAAAGCUCUGGACAUCUGCAGGAGAGCUGUUGAGGUGGUGGAGUCUGACGAGAGGAAGAAAUCACCGGAUCAGAAAGAUGAAGCUCAAGUGUCUCGGGUCAGCCUCCCUCAGGUGGCGAGGGUUUUGUCGGAGGUUUACGGCGACAGGAUGGCGUCUCAGAGCGGAGGACCUGACGGAGAGAGUUUCCCUCUGCAGCAGAAGCUUCUGGUCUGCUGCCUGCUGCUGCUCACACGCAGCGGCAAGAGCAAGGAGGUCGUCCUCGGGAAGCUCCAUGAGGUGUACAGCCGGCUCUGCUCCCAGAGACAGGUCUCUGCGGUCGGGCAGUCAGAGUGUCUGUCGCUCUGCGGCCUGCUGGAGAGCAGAGGGGUGUUCGCUCUGAAGAAAGCCAAGGAAGCCCGUCUCACUAAGGUGUUUCUGAAGAUCGAGGAGAAGGACGUGGAAAACGCUCUGAAGGACCGCACGCUGCUGGGCAGUAUCCUCGCUGCAGGACUGCCCUCGUGAUCACAUCACUAUUAUUAUUUUUUAGAAUUUAUUUGUUCCUAUUUUUUAUUUGUAUUCUCGUUUUUGCUGAGAGUUUGUACAGUUUUUGAAAACAAAUUAUUUUCUGAUGUUGACGCUCAGUUUUUACAAAAUGUCGGCGCGCUUCAGUCGUGAAUUUACAGCAUCUUGUUUCAGUUCAGAUGUGAAACGUUUUACAAUUUUUAUGCUGUAAAUAAACAAAUGUACAGACGUUUUAA